GAUCACUCACCAUGUAGCGCACCCACAAACUGCAAUGACAGAAUUAGGCGCACUCCGAAUGUACACUUGUGUUGGAAGUGUUGCCGUUGCACCUUGCCUCUUGUCCAUUACAUGUACCAGUAGUUACCGUGGGAGUCGAGUCAAGCGCAGAGUGCGUGCCAAAAACUCGAGUUUCGCACCUCUUGCAGUUGAACGGUGAAAGUCGAUCUAAGUAAGUCCGCAACGGUGCGUCUUUCCCAGUGCACAUGGGAUAGCAUUGAAACCUUCAGGAAUUUUCUCUUGCCUAUCCACUACCGGUACUGUAGCUUUGCUCAUGUGACAAAAGAUUUGGUGUCGACAGAGCUAGCUAGCUAUUAAUAGUAGUAGUCUAGCUAGUUAGACCGUUGCCAACGGACCAACACGAUUUCGACAUCCUCGGUGGCUCACAACUUUUUCCUCUGCAAUCCAGGGCCAUUUUGGCAGAUAAUGCUGCAAUUUGUCAGUACCACCACCAGCUGACUUGGCUAGCUAGCAAGGCGAUUGAUAGAUUGAUAGAAGAAGGUACAUACAGUACAUGCCAUGGCUGGCACCCACAACCCGUUCGACGAUGAGGAUGCCGCGUCGUUCUCGGCUGGAAGUGAAGGUCAGGAAGACAAGGCUGAGCAGGCGCGAAAGCAGCUCGGAAAAUUGGACGAAACCGAGGUCAUCUCGCUGCUAAGAACUCUGUAUCUCAAGAGUGAUAAGCCCGCAGCCGUCGCAGAUCGACGAGAUGAGGACGAUGAUGGCCGUCGUAGUCGUGGCAGUAGAGGCGGUAGUCGAGGAGGUAGUCGAGGAGGCAGUCGUGGAGGCAGCAAAGGUAGAAGCAAAGUCGGAAGCAUGCUAGGGAGUAAAGGUGGAAGCAAACUAGUAGGGAGUAAAGGUGGGAGCAAACUAGGGAGUAAAGGCGCCAGAGACAGCGUAAGUGAAUCGAGCAGUCAGAGAAAAGGUUUCUUUGGAACUAGAACUGCCCUCGAUGUCUCCAAUCGUCCAGCGCAAGACCGCAGCAGAGGCAAGAUCAAUGGACGUGGACGCCGAGGCUUCUUUGGGAGAGGAAGUCGAAAACGCGGAGACGAUACUGCGCCUAGCAAGAUUGACGUCGAGCUCUCACAGAAUGACUUUGAGUAUCUCAACGACACCACGCCUUAUCCACCCAAUAGAACCCCACCCCUGGGAUUACAGCCGCACCCACCAAGGACGCCAGAAGAAGAGUACUAUGCUCGACAACAUGGAUUGCCACCACGAGGGGGUCCCCAAAGAAAAUGGCCCGGGCCAUCGUCGCAUUCACUGAUACCAUUACAGCAUACUCAAGCGCUGCAGCAACUGAGGCAGCAACCGGGAUACGUACGAGGAGAAGCCGUCAUUCGUGCGGAACCCGUGCAAGCAAUCGUUGGACCCAACACUGUUCAGGGUCAAAUAUGUGGCCCUCCGAGGGAAAAUUCACUCCGCGGGACGCCCAUGAGCCCGAUAGUGGAGGCGAGCGACGUUGAUGAGAGUGUCCCUCACACUCAUCAUCAUCAUCAUCAUUGUGGUGCCAGUAGUGCCGUGACACCCACCAUAAACAACCGGACGUUGGAAGACGAGGACAAUCUGGAGAUUACUAAGCGACCAAGUUCGCCUCAUGGGAUGGUCAAUACCCGAAUGAGCACUGCUCUCCAGGUUUCCCAAGGCGGUCCUCAGACGGCCCCGAAUCUGGUAGCUUCCAUGAGCGAUCCCAGUAGUCUCAUGGCUCUGAAUCCAACAAUGUCUCCGAAAUCAAUGGAAAUGGAUUUGAGUUCUGGGCUUCCUCGACAGAUUGUGGUGAAUCCUUAUACUGGUACGAGUCAUCAACGAGAGUACGUUGCUGCCAACUUUGGUCCAGGGCACACACUGGUGAGUGAUGUGUCGUCGAGCGAGAUUAAUUUCGAUGCAUGGAAUCAUUCUCCCAAUUCUGUGAUGAGUCAAUUCAUCAAGGAUAUGGAACCCAAGUCGCAAUGCUGCGUGCGAGGAGCUGCUUGGUAUGAUGUUAUGCAUUAUGCGUGUACUAGAAUAGUCUGCGGAGAACGAGGGGAUCCACAUGGCAAUGCCGCCACCAGUAGGUAUCAUCGGUCGAGACGAGAGGAGAUGAUCGAGUACAACGACUUUCCAGAGACGUCCAAGCCUCGCAAAAGCAAAAAGAAGGGGAAGAAUCAAAAAGAGCGGCAACCAGACUACGAAAAGGAGUUCGAUAGGAUGUAGGUAUAUGCAUACAAUAAAGAAAGGUUGCUCUUUGCU